AUGUCUCUCCAAAAGAAUGGAUCAGAAUAUGCUCACAAAAAAGGGAUUAGAAGAGCAACUAUCAAUACUUUUGGUUAUAUUGCCAAAGCCAUAGGACCCUAAGAUGUUUUGUCUACUCUUUUAAAUAAUCUUAAAGUUUAAGAAAGAUAACUUCGUGUUUGUACUACUGUGGCUAUUGCAAUUGUAGCAGAAACAUGCGGUCCUUUUACUGUUUUACCUGCUCUAAUGAAUGAGUAUAGAGUUAGAGAAUUAAAUGUGUAAAAUGGUGUUUUAAAGUCAUUAUCUUUUAUGUUUGAAUACAUAGGACCAACUGCGUAUUCUUAUAUUAAUUCAGUUAUUCCAUUAUUAAUUGAUGCUUUGACUGAUAGAGAUCUUGUUCAUAGAUAAACUGCCUCAUCAGCUGUUAAACAUUUAGCUCUUGGAGUCCAAUGCUUAGGAUGCGAAGAACAACUUAUGCAUUUAUUGAAUCAUGUUUGGCCAAACAUAUUCGAAACAUCACCUCAUGUUAUUAAUGCUGUUAUGGAAGCCAUUGAAGGAAUGAGAGUCAGUCUUGGACCAGGCAAUAUUUUACUUUAUGCAUUAUAAGGCCUGUAUCAUCCUGCAAGAAGGGUGAGAUUGAUAUAUUGGAGAAUUUAUAACAUGAUAUAUGUUGGCAGUUCUGAUGCUUGUGUCGCAUUCUACCCAACCUUUCCUAAUGAUCAGUAUAAUUCUUAUGAGAAAUACGAAUUAAAUCUAACAUUAUGAGUGUUGAAAAUAUUUGAAAUAAUAUAUAUUAAAUUAUCAUAACAUAUUA